UCUACUCCUCGCCAUGUCCCUGACAGUGAACUGCGUGGCAGGGAACGAGAUACUGGGGUUGAGGAUACCAGCCGACCCCAUCUUGACCGCUAACACUGUCUGCCUGAGUUUGCCGGGGCUGAGCAAAAGGCAACUGGGUCUGUGCGUGCGGAGUCCUGAUGUCACUGCAGCUGCUGUACAAGGUAUUCAGAUCGCCAUCCACGAGUGCCAACAGCAACUUCGGGACCAACGGUGGAACUGCUCGACUUUGGAGAACGGUGGCAAAAUCCUGCAGGACACGGUCAUCUUGAACAGAGGAUUCAGAGAGAGUGCUUUCACCUUCUCUCUGUUGGCCGCUGGGGUCACCCAUUCGGUGGCCACAGCCUGUAGCCUGGGCAAGCUGAAUGGCUGUGGGUGCGACCAGAAGCGUAGGUCAGAGGAGGAGAACCUGAGGGUCAAACUGCACCAGCUUCGAGUCCAAGCCUUGACCCAGGGUCUCCCUGUGUCUAUCCCCCAACCCGAAGAGCACUUCCCUGUUGGGGGGAAUCAGGACUCCUGGGAGUGGGGCGAUUGCAGCCACGACAUCGAGUUCGGGGAAAAGUUCUCCCGAGACUUUCUGGAUUCCAGAGAGGCUUCCCGGGACAUCCACGGGAGGAUGCGGAUGCACAAUAACAAGCUUGGAAGGCAGGUCGUGAUGGACAACAUGAAGAGGAAGUGCAAGUGCCACGGGACCUCGGGGAGCUGCCAGUUCAAGACCUGCUGGCGGGUCACACCCGAGUUCCGCCAGGUCGGGUUGGCAUUGAAGGAACGCUUCCGGAACGCGCUCUUCAUCAAGGCGCACAACAAGAACACGGGGCAGUUCAGCCUCAGGCAGGGCCUCAGGCGGAGGAUCUACCGGGACAUGGUCUACUUCGAGAAGUCGCCCGACUUCUGCGAGAGGGACCCGAGCACGGAUUCGCCGGGCACCCGGGGCAGGACCUGCAACAAGACCAGCCAGGGGAUGGACAACUGCGACAGCCUGUGCUGCGGGAGGGGGCACAACAUCUUGAGGCGCAGCCGGAACGAACGCUGCCACUGCCGGUUCCACUGGUGCUGCUACGUGCUGUGCGAGGAGUGCCGGGUGAGCGAGUGGGUCAACACGUGCAAGUGA